AUGGAAACAAAACGUUUAAUAGCUCGAAGCAUACUUGAAAAAGCUUGGUCUAUAGCAAAACCACCAAACGACUCGCCAUUAUCUACUAACUUAGCUCUACCAUUAUUGAGUAAACAUUUGAUUCCACCAGCCAUUGUAAAUUCUGAGGGAACUGUUGCUAGUCAAAGUCCUCGUUCAUUAGCUUAUUCUCUUGGUCCUACGAAAAAAUACGAUUUUGUACGCGCACAAAAACUCCUUGAAUCCGAACUCAAUCGUCGUUGUGCUAGAAUUUCUAAACAUGCUAAAUACAAUUCAAAAUUAUCAUCCGAUAUUAGUCGUGAUUUAGUUAUACAAUUACGUCGAAUUUUAAAAUUGGAAUAUCUGAAUUCUGUACGAUACAAAAUUAUUAUAAUGAUCUCGGUCGUACAAACGGUACCUAAUCGACUAACACAUCAAUCAAUGGCCAUUGUAUCACGAUGUUUAUGGAAUCAAGAUACCGAUGGAUCAAUAACUGUACAAGCUAAAAUCGGUUAUGAUAUGGUUGCUACAGCAACUGCAUUUAUAGUUUAUACUGAUUAA